AUGUUACAAAUCUAGAAAAACAUGGAUCUCUUAAGCAACUUGACAUCUAAAUUUCCAACCUUCUUGUUGACUGGCAUUCCUGGCCUAGAGUCUGUCCAUGUGUGGAUCUCCCCCUUCUGUUGUCUCUAUGCCAUUGCCCUCUCUGGGAACAGCAUGAUCCUAUUUGUCAUCAUUACCCAGCAGAGUCUUCAUGAGCCCAUGUACUAUUUCCUCUCCAUGCUUUCAGCUGCUGACUUGGGCUUGACUGUUUCUACAAUGUCAACAUUAGGUAUCCUCUGGUUUGAGGCAGUUGAAAUCAAUCUAAAUAACUGCAUUAUCCAGAUGUUUUUUCUUCAUGGAUUUACCUUCAUAGAAUCUGGGGUGCUGGUGGCGGCCUUUGACUGCUAUGUGGCCAUCUGUGAUCCUCUGAGGUACGCUACCAUUCUCACUAAUUCUAGAAUCAUUCAGAUGGGCCUGUUAAUGAUUAUACACACUAUAGUAUUAAUAGUACAACUACUUUUGCUCUUGAAGCCCCUCUAUUUCUGUAGGGCAAAUGUCCUUUCCCACUCCUACUGCUACCACCCAGAUGUGAUUAAAUUAGCAUUUUCAGAUACUUGGGCCAACAGCAUCUGUGGAUUAAUUGAUCUCAUCCUGACCACAGGAGUAGAUACACCAUGCAUUGUCCUGGUUUAUAUUUUGAUCAUUCACUCUGUCCUCAGUACUGCCUCCCCUGAAGAGCGACAUAAGGUCUUUAACACCUGUGUCUCCCACAUUGGAGCAGUGGCUGUUUUCUACAUCCCCAUGAUGAGCCUGUCCUUGGUACAUCUCUAUGGUCCAUCAGCCCCCAAAGUUGUCCAUUCGGUGAUGGCCAAUAUAUAUCUGCUUUUGCCUCCCAUGCUCAACCCCAUAAUCUAUAGUGUAAAAACAAAACAGAUUUGCAAGGCUAUAUACUCAGUCUUCUCCUUACAAAAUAAACAGAGAUAA